AUGGACAAAGCCACGGGGCGCAACGUAACUAAGGACAAGGGGGAACUAAGAAUAGUGCAAGUGAAUGUGAACAAUAGUGCACGCGCCACCGAUCUGGCGUAUGCGGCUGCGGAAAGCCGCGAAGCAAAGCUAAUUAUCUUGGCUGAACCAAACAAGAAGCACCGAGGGAGACAUGUUUACGCGAGCAAAGAAAGGAACGCGUCUAUUGUGAACGUGAAGGGCGGAAGUGUUGUCUGGAACUUCACCAGCGGACAUAACCACGCGAUGGUACAAGUCGGACAGACCACGGUCGUAAGCGCGUACAUAAGUCCCAACUCCACUAUGGAGGAAUUUGAGGAUACUCUGGACGAGAUAGCGAGAAAUAUACGCAAGAAGACAGAAGUCAUCAUAGGGGGUGACUUCAAUGCAAAAAAUCCAAUGUGGGGAGGACAAACAAACGACGAAAGAGGAGUGAAGCUGGCGGAGUGGGCACACCAACUGGGCAUGACGAUCAUGAACGACGGGAAACGCCCCACGUGUAUUAGGCACAACGGCUGCUCCUACAUAGACUUAACAAUAGCAACGGCAGGCGUCGCAAAGAAGCUUAGCGAAUGGGAGGUGACCGAAGAGGAAACUCUGAGCGAUCACGAGUUGAUCUACUACAAGAUAGAAAACACGGAGGUAGAAACCAAAAGAGGCUGGGAAAUGAACAUCGCACUAGACCGCGUUAAAAUCGGGAACGCGAUGGAGACGCGCUGGCACCAGGAGGGGAGACCUAGCGAACCGGAAGAAAUAACUAAAAUCUUGGCAACGGUACAGAAGAAAGCGAUCCGGAAGCAGAGGGACGAAAUCGGAAUGGGUAGGCCAUACUGGUGGACGGAAAGGGUUGAGGAAACAAAAUCCGAGGCAAACAGGAAGAGAAGGAAGCUGCUGAGAAGCAGAAAAAGUGGACAGAGUCAACCUGAACUGGAGUCCAUCUACAGAGAGGCACGGAGGAAACUAAGGGCGGAGAUAGCGCAGGAGAAAAGAGCGAAGUGGAGAGACCUGUGUAGUGAACUAAGCAAUGACCCAUUCGGGCAAGCAUACAGGAUAGUCGCACGGGCUCUUAAGAUGCCGGACCCCAGGGUCGAGCUCACGGCCGACCAGAAACAGGGCGAAUUUGAGAGGCUCUUCGUCCACGAAGGGACUGAAGGAGAGGAGCAGGAGGACGAUUCCCUGAGUGCUGGAAGACGGCGAAACUAG